CCUAUGAUUACAAGCCAAAGAACCACUUUUAGUACUAUAUAGCACCAUUUAUUUUUAGAGUGUAUAUCAAAAAGUCUUUACCUUUACCAUAUAAAGUGAGUUGAGACAGGCUAUGUAAUAUAGAAACUAUCUCUCAAUCCUUCACUGAUCAAUGGCUAAAUUCAGCUCUUUAUUAGACAGGUUCCAGCCUGUUAAGUAUCCUCACAAUUGUGCUGUGUAUAUAAUCAAGCUAAUGAUUUUUCUAAAAUAUGCAUUUUUUUAUAUUACAGUACAGACCUCAAAAGGUACUGCAUCGAUUCUUUUAUUUUUGAACUGAGCUUUGCAACUUCCUUAGGCUUAAAAUAAUCUAUCUCUUCCAUCUUUCCCGCUGGCCAAACUGCAUGUUUAUCAAGCAAACGUCACAUGUAAUAAACUGGCUGCACGUGAUCCGGAGCGCUCAGAGAAGAAUAAUUCUAAUACGCAUGAGCACGCGCUCCGGCUGCGCGCUCUCAAUUCACCUUCGAACGUGUUGUUAUUCGGUGCCUAAUAUAAAAACAUACAAAAAAAUUAUCAUUUUAACUUAAUCAAUGUGGACGACAGGAUUGAGCUUAAUUAAAGGAUGUGAUGGUAAUCAAGUCAGUCAGAGAUAACUUCAGCACACUGGACAGCGUUCAUUUUUACCAAAGCAGAAUGGAAAGCAGCAAAGAUGAGCCACCGAGGACCCUUGGGGAUAUCACGGACAAAACCCCGCAACAAAUCAGCCGUUAUUGACUUUAGACAGAGACAUGAACUUAUUGGAAAUAUUUCUGGAGUUACUCAUCGUUGUAAUUGCAGUUGUGUCACUCGUGGCGAACUUGCUAGUGUUAGUAUGUUUCACAUGCAGCGCACAAGUUCGUGCACAGGUACCAGGGAUCUUCAUCGUGAACCUGUCAUUCUGCAACAUCCUCAUCACCGUUCUCAACAUGCCUUCUACCCUACUUGGGGUCGUAAAACGCCAAAAGCCAUUUGGCGACCACUUUUGUUAUACAGUGAGUUUCAUGGAUACUUUUCUGACUACCAACACAAUGUUGAGCAUGGCAGCUCUUAGUAUAGACCGCUGGAUAGCCGUGGUUUUUCCUUUGACUUAUUCCAGCAAAAUGAGACUCAAGAAUGUCGCGCUAAUGGUCAUCUAUGCCUGGCUUCACUCGCUCGCAUUCUCGCUUACUGCUGUCCUGCUGUCGUGGGUCGACUAUAGCCCCGCGUACGCGUCAUGCACUGUGCACCUGAGAGACGGUGAUGGGAGCCGUGGUCACUUCAUUGUGUUCACCAUAGUGUUCCACGCAUGUACUUUCGCAAUCUCGCUUUUCAUCCUGUGCUUUACCUACCUGAAAGUACUUCAAGUGGCUCGCUUCCAUUGUAAGAGGAUAGACGUUAUAACGGUGCAGACACUUUUGCUACUUGUCGACAUUCACCCAAGUGUGAAACAACGGUGCUUACUGGAGCAGAAGAAAAGGAGACAGAGGGCCACCAAGAAAAUCUGCAUAUUCAUCGGGUCGUUCGUCCUGUGCUUCGCCCCCUAUGUCAUAACACGACUGACUGAACUGACUGCUUCAGUAAAAAUCGACCGUUACUGGGGGAUCAUGAGUAAGUGCUUGAUGUACAGCAAAGCUGCCUCUGACCCUUUCGUGUACUCCCUCUUACGGCAACAAUAUAAGAAGGCCCUUUUUGGAGUGUUCAACAGGAUUUUGGGACGGAACUCAUACACACUGUCUGGUCACAGCAGCCCCUCGGACAUAGAAAAUGGAUGCUACUCACAAAGGGUUAACAAUAUGCUGAAGGAUAACUGUCACUAGAGCAGGUCAAAAAGACUGACAACUGACACCUUCAGAAAGACGUGCUCAGCAGUGGGCUCUGGUUAGUUAAUGGCAAAAUGCCAAACGAAACUACCUAUAAUUUCUGAAAUAAUGGCUUAUACUGUAUCAUUUCUAAGUCUGUAUAAACCUUGGAAAGCCACAAAGUUUGCCAUUCACUGGAUUUUCUUUUAUUGAGUUCAGACCAUUUGCACACUCAUCUGUUAUAUGACUUUAUUCACAACAUAGUCCUAUAACGUGUAUUAUAAUGUUCAUUCUGAAAUAAAAAUAAUUAUAGUAGAAGAGUAAGUAUUGUAUAGAUAUUUGUUGCCUAGCAUGAGAUAUAAAUUUAUUUGGAUAAACUUGACUUUUUCACUAUCCAUCGACUCAUAAUAGUAGGCCUACAUUAAUCUCACAUGUAAUUAAAUAUUCAGAGCCUUAUUCUGCCAAGAGCAGCCUCUGGCAGGGCCACAAGGCCAUUAAAACCUGUACUAAAGUCACUCCAGUGUUGUCUUGAAAGGUGAAAAUUAGGCCUAUCUUAAAAUGUCUGUUUCUAUUUGAUUCAAUAUUCUCUUAAUUCAGUUGUUGCCUUAUCAAACUGCCAUUAUCACUCUCUGGUUGUGACUGUUAUUUGUUUUGUAGAAGUUAUGUGUGUCUAAAUUACAGUUGACAGUCACAUGAAAAAGAAACAUUUUGGAAACAUAACAAGACAUACUGAAAUGCACAGCUUACAAUGCAGUUAAUGUGUUAUUACCAUAAGCAGAUUGCACACUUUAAAAUUACUGUAUUGGUUUACAAAUAAAAAUGUAAAAAUACAAUUUAAUUCAACACAUAAUGCUAACUAGUUUAUAGUGUAUGUUCAGAAUUUUAAGUUAAAUUCAUAAAGAAAUGCAGCAGGUAGGCCUAGUAUACAUUCCCAUACUACAUCUGUCAUGCAUUGUCCUUUGACCCUUGUGUCCUUUGACCUAUGACAUACUAACAGCAAGCACUAAAAUAUGUGCAAUUUAAAACAAAAGAUAUAACUUUUGUGGUAGGCUUUUAAUGUACACUUAAAAAUGCCAAUUCUACACGUUUUUCAAAAGGCUCCUCAUCAGCUCCAGUGAAUAAAGAUUUGUUUCUUACUCAUACAACAUAGCUACUUGAGUUCCUUUAUAAGCUGUUAGGUUUUAGAUUUUGGUCUAAAACAACGAGAAGUGGGGCUUUAUAUAGCCAGGUGGCCACGUGCCUUUCUGAAUCCCGUCCAGGCAAGUGAAUUUACCACACAUAGGGAUUACAGUCACGUUCUUGGAAAUG